UCAGAAAAGACACUGCCUGACUGACAGUUGGGGGGAGGACUUCUGCCAGACUCAUGCCAGGACAUUACCUUUUUUGCUGUUUUCUAGUAACUUCAGACAGAAACAUUUUCUUCACUGGAAACAAAAAAACAAAAGUGAAAAAACUCUGCUCCAAUGCAUCUAAAAGUGGACUUUGCUCUUCUUAAUUUGCAUAGGUCAGCCAGAUGAACACACACAAACAAGCCAACAUUUUUUGCAAAGCCAAGGCAGGGCGUCAGUGCUUCUUCCUCAUCUUGUGCUUCCAUUUGGCCCUGGGUGAGGUGCCCGGUCCAUGCAGGCACUCUGUGACGAAGGACCACCUCCAGAAAAUAAAACGACUGAUUGAGAACCAGUUGCAAAAUGACUGCUCAGUAACCUACACAUUUACAGAGCGUCAGAGUUUGAGCAAAGUCUGUUACGUCAAAGCAGCUUUUCCUCAAGUUCUGGAACUUCUGAACACUCGCUUUCAAUAUGCCCAGAACUCAGAUAAUUAUCAUUACGUUCUUGCACUGAAGAAUCUGGUGUUAAACAUCUAUUCUCAGAAAUGCAUUCCUGAAAUCAAUGAGGAACUUGAGGAUAAUCCAGUGAGAUUUAUGAAAGAGUACAGCAGUUCACUAAGAGAAACCCUGGAAAAAAUAAGAGAGGUCAUACAGCUCUAUAUGGAAUUGAUGACUGAAAACAACAAACCAGUAGACUGGAACUGUGAAGAGGAGUAUGCUGAGGAUUACCCAGAAUUCACCACAACAAUUGCCCAGACCACAGGUGCAACCGAAUGUCAUUGUUCUUGCCCAACUUUGGGCCAUGGAACUUCUGAACAAAUGUCUUUGCUGGACACCAGCCUAUGGAAUGAUCUGCCGGAGCCCUCUUUCUUCCGGUUGCACUCCUCACUACCCACUAGACCUCCCAAAACACCAAUGGCAACCAUGAGCCCAUGGGACCGCCAGUCUACCCUCCGUGAAUACAAAAAUCAUGGAAGAUCGGAGGCCGCUGCUUCCAGUACUCCUUCGAUCAAAAAGGAAGACAAAGAGGAGAUGAAUGGCAACAUUAUUUCUUCCACUAAGUUAGCACUCCAUGGAACUGCUGGCUUUGAAUCUGAGCCUGCAUCUGCUGCAUCUAGCGAUGAAGAGAAUGGUGAUCCCAAAGAUACAAGAGAACUGCAUUCCGAUGAGACUCCGCCUUUUUCAACAUCAGCAGAAAGCGUGCAAAAUGAGCAUGACUUUGCAGACAGCAUUGGUCCAGAGAGUGGAGGAAGUCCCAGCAUGGUUUCUUCCUCUUUAGUACAGAGCCCAACCCAGAAGGCAAUGUCCGCCUCGACCAGUGGACAGUCCGCACACCAUACCUUUCUCAGUUUGCACCACAUGAUCAUCUCCUCACCUAAGAAAUCCAUGGAUUUCUCCACCACUCCCAUCCCAUUCCUCCAGGCUGCAUUUGAAAGCACUCCUAAUAAACAGGAGGAAAGCACGGCUGUUGUGGUAGCUAAGAGAUCUCUUGAGCCUGGGGCAGAAGGGUUUCAAACUGAUUCAGGGACUGACGCUCAACUGCCUCAGAGUUGGAUCCCAACAAGUCCCCCUCUGGGAACAAGUGUAUCUAGAGAAACUGCUGAAGAAAUGACUGUCCCCACAAACACCAUUGGUGAGUCGCAUGACCUUGGAACAACCCCACAAACACCUAAACAAAUCAGAAGCACCACAAACACCACCAUCCUGCCAGUGGAGAUGUCUGAAGACACCCCAGCAGCAUUAGUUAAUCUGUCUGUGAGGCAGCCUCUUGAUCCACAUCCGCCACUAGAUUUACUCUCACCUGUCCCAAAGCAAGCAUCAGUACCCGUCAGGACCACAGAUGACAAAGUGGUCGGCCCAGGUCUUGGAUCCCAACGUGCAGCAAAUCGUAUGGACUCUGACUCAUUGUCGGAACAACCAGUCGAAGACUCAGGGAUGGACUUCCAGAAUGGAACCUGGGGGGGCUCACUCAUCUCUUACAAGACUGCCUUUAUCGUGGCAUCUGUGUGUGGCGGACUACUGCUCAUAAUUAAUCUCUACUGUUUCAAAGAACAAAGGAAACUCAAAGCACUUCUUCACAGCUCCAGAAUCAGUGAGACCCAAAGGUUGACUUCAAAUGGCACUGACAUAGAGAUGCAACUUUAUGAAACAAAUCAAUCUGGUCUUGCAUCAUCAUGAAGUGGAUGGUUGGAGGAUUCACAUCCGCAGACAACAGAUUGCGAAAACAAUGAAAAAUGAAACAAUGCCAUAAUUAUAAUAUUCAUAAUAAUACUGUCUGUGAACUCUUUUUAAAUUCUCAUUCAAUUUCCCACAUAAAUGUAUAUAAAUACACAUAUAUAAUAUAAAUAUUAUAUUUUUAUACGAGA